CUUCGAGGCUAGGAAAAAGCAGCAAGAUGAUUCAUGAACGGUAGAGAGACGUUGUAGUAUUCUGACGACCUGCGUGUGGGGUCGAUACUACCCCAUCCAUCACUCUAUUGCUCUAAAGAAUGACGCGAAGUGUGAUUCCCAUGAGAUCUGCAAACCUUAUCCGAAUACUUGCUUCAGCUAAUUAGUUGAUGGCGACUCUGAGAUUUAGUGUCUCCGAGCCUUUUGUUUUUCUAUGUGGUUAGGGAUCAAUGUAACCAAGUUCUAGAGAACUGUUAAGUUUGAAGAGCACUGUCAAUACUCGUCAUCUUUCCGCUUGCCUUGAGUCUUCGAGCAGUUUUGAGGUGGCACAAAACGCCGUACUUCCCCUUUUUCAUCUCGCUAUUGCUCCAUGAACUGCAUGCGACCAAAAUUCCUCGUCGAAAACUAGUUAUUCACAAUGCCUCCCUAUCUUUCAGCCCAAAAUGGGGCAAAUGAGACAGGAAUCGAGCCCUUGAGGGCCGAGAAGACUGUACAAAGCUCUGAAACGGUUCAAAUCAAUGCAUCUCGGGUUCCCGUACCGAGACCACUUCCCACCGCAGCAACUUCGCUGCCCAUUGGGGCUUUCUCGACGACCUUGACAACACUUUCGCUUAGCUUGAUGGAAUGGCGGGGAGUCACUACUACCAAUGUCUACAUCGCUAAUUUCUUCUUCCUCGCCGCGUUUGGACUCCUGAUCUCGGCUCAAUGGGAGCUUACUGCUGGAAAUGGCUUCGGCUACAGCGUCUUCAGCGCCUUCGGACUAUUCUACGCGGGCUACGGAGCCAUCUUGACUCCUUCAUUCGGGGUGGCUGCUGCAUACGGCGAUGACGUUCAGCAGCUCAACAAUGCAUUGGGUCUUUUCAUGAUUAUCUGGAGUGUUUUCGUUCUCGCAUAUUUGGUCGCAUCUCUCCCGACGAACAUUGUUUACAUCUUGAUAUUUGUCUUCGUAGAACUCGCCUUUAUGACUGUCGCUGCGAGUUACUUUGCUGCAGCAGAUGGCAACCAUACUGCCUCAAUCGGACUAAAGAAGACUGGCGGCGUCUUCGCCUUUCUUGCGGGGCUUGUUGGGUGGUAUCUAACUUUUCACCUACUGCUGAAGGACUCGGUACUGGAGCUACCAUUAGGAGACACGUCUCAGUAUUUUCCAAAGACACGGAAGAAUAUAGAAUGAUGGCGUCCUAGGAUAACAAACAUAAGUUCUUGGGGAGGGGAAGGGGGCUGGUUAUUUCGAUUAAUCACGGAACAUUAAAGUUUAUGAUGUUAUAUCUUGGUCAAUAUCUCUCAUCAUGGAUCAAGGAAGCUGUACGCUACAUUAUUCAACUAGUAACUAGAUAGCCCAGUAUAUGCUGAUUAUGUAACGCAGCUGAAUACUUGCCUAGAG